UUGUUGGAUUUUUGCCGUGAACGGACGUCUCUUGUGCUCUUGUGCGCUGCUGCGUCGCAGUUGGCGUAGUUUGACUCAAAACAAUUCAAGAAAACUACAGCAGCAAUAACAUCAACAAUAACAACAAUAACAAUAACAACAACGACUGCAGCAACGAAAAUAAUUACAACUGUAACAGCAUUCUGAGUUGUGUUUACAUUUUAUUUUUUUAUAGUAUGUCAAAAUUUAUGAAAUAAGCAAUUCAAGCUUCAAAAAAGUAACUUUUGUGCGUCGUCGUGUAAAUUAUUGAUAGUAGUAUUAUUAUUAUUUCGUUUUUUUUUUGGUUUAUUUAUUUUUUUUUUGUUGUUGACAAAUUAAAUGUGCAAUAAAAGCGGGCGAAGGAACAAAAAAAAACAGCAAAAAGAUAAAUUCGAAACGCAAAAUCAAAAUCGCAAUCGCAAGACGAAAUUGAAAUAAAUUUUAUGUAAGCAGCAAAAGUAGAAAAAUGGCACAUAACAUAAAUUACUUAGCAUACAAUAUACAUAAUAAUAAUAAAUGAAAUACAUGCAAAUGAUAAAUGUGUGCGUGUGUGUGUGCGGUGUACUCAUGGAUACAUAUUUACACGAACAAUAAGGCAACUUUACACAUUCCAAUUGGAUUCUGUUUGUGUGUGAAAAUCUAAUAAGUAAAAAGAGACGGCGAAGUAACAACAACAACAACAACGACGACGACAACGGCGGCAGUAACAACAACAACAACAACAAGAAAACCAUAGGCACGGCAAAGAAGAAAAUAAAUAGCAAUUUCGACUAAAUAAAGUUCCCAAAUCAACGCCAAUCCAGUCGCGUGACCGUGUUUUUCCGUCCUCUUUAUUUUUUUUGUGUGUGUGUUUUUUUUUUCGGUGGUUUUGCGGAACACUUGUUGAACUCAUCAUCAUCGGAAGUCUCACUCUCGCUCGCUCUGUCGCUCUCAACAAACUACACCACCCACCAAAUGUCGUUGCGAACCGGCGGCAAAGGUUAAACCAACAAAAACAACAACAACUGCAAGAAAGGAAUCACGCAGAGAGCCAAAAAGAGUUGCGAGUGAGAGAGACCGCGUGAAAAACGUGUGUGCGUGAAACGUGAGAGAGGCCAACGACGAGAGAGACAGAGAGAGAGAGAGACGCCAGAGAGGAAGUUCUGGCAUGCAGCUGGCUGGCUGGCCGGCUGGCUGCUCAUACGCCUCCAACUCCAAUUCGAAUCCCGACUCCAAUAACAACAACGUCGUCAACUCUAAUUCAAAUUCCAAUAGGAAUUUUCAUUCCAUUGCCACGAUCACGGCACCAACAUCAUCAUCAUCAUUAACAUCGCGGGAUACAAUCUCCAUCUCCAUAUCAAUCAGCUCGUGAUUGGCGGCGGAUACAACAUCCAACAUGGACGACGAGAUAUGCAAUCCACAACUAUGUCGCAUUUGCAUCACAUCGCACACAAACUCCAUGCAAAUGAUAUCCAUAUUCGGCGAGGAUUCUCUUUGGCAAAAGAUCACCACGCUCGCCGAUGUCAAGAUCACGAAGAACGACACGCUGCCACAGCAGGUGUGCGUGAGCUGUGCGAAGACGGCGAUCUCGGCGUGUCUGUUCAAAAAGAAGUGCGAGGAUGCGGAUAACUUUUAUCGCCAGCAGUUGCUGAUCAAGAAGAUCGAGGGCCACAGUCAAAGCGAUGUAGCCAAGGACGAGGUGGAGGCAGAGGAGGAGGAGGAUCAGGAGCAGGAGCAAGCGGACGCAGAUGAAGCGAUGAGAACGACGACGGCGACGGCAUCAGGGGAGGCAGCUGUGGGGGGAGGACAGCGACAGGUGAAGAAGCGGAGCAGCAGCAGCAGAGGCAGCGUGGCAAGCAGCAGCAGCAGUGGCAGCGGCAGCAGCAGCGGCGGCAGCAGCAGCAGCAGUAGCAGCAGCUCCGACGACGACGAUGACGAGGACAAUGACAAUGACAACGACAACGACAAUGAGAAUGAGAAUGACAACGAUAACGAGAAUGAGAAUGAGCACGAUAACGAUAACGAUCAUCUUAAUGGGGCAACGCAUGCCAAUGGCGAAAGGUUGCCGCUGCUGGAUGAGGAAGCAGCGCUCGAGGAGCACGCACAGAAUGGCCAUGGACUGAGCAAUGGUCACCAGCAUCAUGAUGAGCAGCUGCAGCAGCAGCAGCAACUGGAACAGCUCGAAGGGAAUGCGCCAGAUGAUGGCGAGAUGCCGGAGCACAUGGCAUUCAAUUCGAUACGCCUGAUGCAGGAAUAUAUGCAGCAGCGGAUGAAGAAAUUCCCCAAUGGCCACAACAGUCAGGUGGAUGGUCAACACGAGCACGAUCACGACCACGAGCAGCGAAGCAACGUCGAUGACGAUGAUGAUGACGACGAUGAGGAGAUGUCGCUGCCGUUGAUACCAGAGAUUGAGCUGAUCACACCAUCGGAUGAUGCCGCCGGCGUUGGUCACCUUUCCAAUGGCCAUCAUUUGAAUAACAAUGGCCCAACGGCAUCGUCAUCAUCGGCGGCCAUGCAUCCAGUGACUGGGGUCCAUGGGUUUCAGUGUCCGCACUGUUAUCUCGUCUUUGAGAUGAAACAGAUACUCAAGGCGCACAUGCAGAGUGUCCAUGGGGCGCCAGGACCCGUCUACGAAUGCACCAAUUGCCGCAAGACAUACUUCUAUAAGCGAUUCCUCGAGAAGCACAUUCGACGCGGUCGCUGCGUCAAAAAGCGACGCAAUCAGACCCGUCCCAUGCAGUGCUCCGAUUGCCAUGUCCUGUUUCCCACCGGCCAUCAUUUGGGCUGGCACAAACGCACCGGCUGCCCAUCGAAGGCGGCCAAAAUGCCAUUGCAGCAGCUCUUCAAGCAGAACAUUGUGCAGUUCAACAACUUUCCGAAGCGCAUGGUCGCCCGCAAACCGCCAACGGAUAAUGCUGCAAUGCAUCUGAACAAUCGCAAACUCAGCCUGACAAACAAGCGCAAGGGACGCACUCGCAUCAAACUGGAUGCCAAGAAGAUUGCGCUCGCCAAGCAGCUGAUAUUGCGGGAAGCAACCACGACGGUGAUUGCCAACGAGCUGAAUAUAUCGCGCACGUUCGCAUGGCGUUUGCGCAAGAGUCUCGUCAAUGGUGUCAGUUUGCACGAGCGUGUUGUCGAUCCGUCUGGCGAGGAGCAACAGCUGCAGCUGCAACAGCAACUGCAACAGCAACAACAGCAGCAGCAACAGCAACUGCAGCAGCAACUGGAGGAGCAACAACAACAGCAGCAGCAACAGUUGUCGCUUCCCUAUGGCCAUCUGGGCCUGGGUCUCAUCAAGGAGGAGCAGCUGGACAGCGAGGAUGAGCAGCACGCUGGACUGACCAUCGAUGAUGAGCUCGAUCACGAUGCCAUCGAUGGCGAUCACGAUGCCGACGGAGAUGUCGACGGUGAUGUGGAUGGCGCCGCUGAGAUUGGGGCCGAGGAGACGGCCGGCUAUGCGGGCGACGAUGAUGUUUGCGGUCUGUUGCACAAUGGCUACGACAUGCGCGCCCAGCUGGGCGAUGAGCACAGUCCCAUGGCCGAGAUGGUGGAGCAUGAGCAGCAGCAUCGUGGCAUCGGUGGCAAGCAGCGUGGCGUCUCCAUGUCGCCCACGCCCAUGUUGCCGGCACGCGCCGAUGUCGAGGCCUAUCAGCGUCUGUUGGCCGAAUCGCAGCGUUUUCCCCACAUCGUCAAUGCCCAGCAAUUGCAGUUGCAACAACAACAACAACAACAACAGCAGCAGCAGCAGCAACAACAGCAGCAGAAGGCUGCACACAAUGGAACGAUGCCGAUGCUGACGCGUUAUCCACCCUCCGUUGUCGCUGCAGCCAACCAUGCUCUGCCCGUCAAUCUGUCCCUCCGCUCGAUGCCGCCAAUGAACAGCAACGAGAGCAAUGGCAGCAACAGCAGCAAUGCCACAGCAGCGAAUCAGCAACAACAGCAGCAACAUCUGCAACAGCAGCAGCAACAGCAACCGUUGUCGCAGUUGCAUCAGCCGGGCAAAAAGCCGCGUAAACCUAAUGUGUUUAUCGACGAUGAGAAGUACGCAAUGGCCAAGUUGCUGGUGGCACAAAACUCAUCGACAAUGGAGAUUGCUCGUGCUUUGAACGUAUCACAGAUGACGGCCUGGAAGGUGCGCGAUGCCAUACUGAAGGGAGUGCCCCUCUCGUAUCGCAACAAGCGGGCGGAGGCACGCGACGAGGUGCGUCUCAGCGAUGCAGCCGCAGCAAUUGCAGCCAAGGAGCAGCAGCAGCAGCACCAGUUGCAGCAGCAGCAACAGGAGCAACAGCAGCGUCAUCAACAGGAGUUGCAGCGUCAACAGCAACAGCAGCAGCAACAGCUGCAAGAAUUGCAGCAGCAACAGUUGCUACUAAAGCAACAGCAGCAGCAGCAACAGAAACGUCAGCAGCAACAGCAGGAAUUGUUGCUGCAGCAGCAGCAGCAACAGCAACAACAACAGCAGCAACAAUUGCGUCACACGCCUGCAGCAGAAACAUCACAUUAUCAGCAACAGCAACAACAGCAGCAGCAGCAACAUAAUGGCGGCAAACUGUUGCAUCCACGUCGCCGCUUAAAGGCCGCCGAGCGUGAGCUGCGCGACAAGGAGAUCACACGCGAAAUACUCGAACUGAUCAAGGAGGACAGCAACAUACAAUACUGGAAGGUGUCCGCUCGCCUAGCCGAGAAGGGCAUCAACAUAUCGCCGUCAUCCGUUUGCCAGAAACUCAAAUCGAUGGGCAUCCAUCGUCGCUGGAAGCCCGGCGAUAAGCCGCGCACCUUGCUCGACAUUAGUCAGCUGAAAGCGGCAACAGUUGCUGCCGCGGCGGCAGCAUCGCUUGCCGCAAACGGUGGCAACUUUGCUGGCAACAUGCAUAAUGGCGUCAAUGUUGUUGGGCCGAUGGUCGAUGAGGCCUACGAGCAGCAGCAACUCGAUUUGGGCGUACCACAUUUUCUCAGUGCCUUUACGCUACGAUAACGCGGACGAUGACGAUAACGAUAACAUGGGACGAUUGCAUAACGAUAACGACUAACUAUGACUAAUAACGCCCAAGAAGCAGCUAAGAUUGAGAAGAUUUAUUAACAAAUUGACUAUGACAAAGACUAAGACGAUAACGAUUGCAGCUAAUCGAUAACCGAUCACCAUGUCAGUUGUCAGUUAAUAUGCAAAAUGACGAUAGCGAUGACAAUGGUUAUACCGAUAAUGAUUACAGCUAAUCGAUAACCGAUAACCAGUUGAUAUGCAAAUUAACGAUAACGAUGACAAUGGCUAUACCGAUAACGAUUGUAGCUAAUCGAUAACCGAUAACCAUGGCAGUUGUCAGUUAAUAUGCAAAAUAAUCAACUCUAUUGCAAGUAACGUUAACAAUGGCGAUAGCGAUUGCAAUCGAUAACGAUAACAGCACAAGACGGACACACACAAUGACUGUGACUGUGAUUAUGACAGAUGAUGAUGAUGCCUCCCGGUCCCGCCCAACGCACUUUCCCUACUUGUUUAAGUAUUACACACAACACACACAUAAGCAAGCACCACACACACACACCGCAUACACCCAACACACCAACACACAGACGCUUGCACGGCAGCAACUACAACAAUUUGUAUUUUUAUAUAGUAUUUAAAUGUGCAAAAUCACGCGUUGCAUAAGAAAACUACAUCAAAUGUAUUCGAUUUAUAUAUUUAGAUAUAUAUAUUCAUAUUAUGAAGCAGUGCAUAUAUAUUCAUCAAUAUAUAUGUAUGUAUUUUUUUUUUGUAUUAGAUCGAUAAAAAGCAACAACAACAAGAGAAACGACGCUUUUAUAUAGCGCUUAUAUAAUAUGCAUUCCUAGAAUGUAAGAAACACACACAUAUACUUGAAAAGCGGUCAUUCCAAAAAAAAACAGAAACAAAAGAAAAGAACAAGAGAGAAAAACACAUUCACCAUUUGGUUUAGUUUUCAUACAUAUACAUAUAUAUAACAUAUAUUUGUCGGUAUUUUAAUUUAAUUUUAUUUUCAAUUUGAACAUGUUUUUUUUUCGUCGUUUUCGUUUUGAAUUGUAGCGCCGCGAAUAAUUAUAGAUGAAAAACAAGCUAAACAUAAUCUUUAAUGUAGGUAAAUGCAUAAUUGUCUAGUAUUUAUUAUAUACUGAAUGCACAUACUGAAAUCAAAACGUAUGUGUUGUAUGUGUGCGCAUAAUGUGAAUGUGAAUGGUUAUUGUUAACUGAACAUUUAUUUAUUUACACAUUUUCUGUUCACUUCAAAUAAGGACAAAACGAUAAGAAAAGAAGGCUAAGCAGAGAAAAAUAAUGAAAUAGUCGAUGAUGAUGAAAAAGAAGAAGAAGAAGAGGUAGAGAUUGCGAUUGCAAUUUUUGCAAAUUGCUGAAAGUACUGAAUUUUUGAUUUUAGUAAAAAUAUUAUUAAUAUGAUUAUUAUUAUUAUGAUUAUUAUAAAUAAUUACAUUCUGAUUAUUAUGAAAGGAACAAAACAACAGACAGAACAAAACAAAAAAAGUGAAGAAAACGAAAAAAAAACAAGCAACAAUUAACAAUAUUAAGACAUUUAUAUAUUGUGUUAUAAAUUAGCUAACAUAAGUGCAAUUACAACAACAACAAUAAUAGCAAGAACAACAAAAACAACAACCAAUAACAGAAAUCACAUUUGGCCUGGCCUAAUCGACAGGGUGCAAUAGCAAAAAUAAAAACAAAAACAAAUUUGUUAAGACAUUUAGAUAAGUAACACAUAACACCACCUCCCCCUUUUCCACCUCUUCACCCACACACACCCCUCUCACACUCACGACAAGCGAACAAUGUUGAAUUAGCCAAUUGAAAAAUAAGAAGAAAGCAAGCAAGACAAGCAUUACAUUUAAUACUGCUAAGAUUUGUAUUUAUUUACAGUAAACACAACCCACACACCCACAUAGCUAUAUAUCAAUAUACACAACACAUAUACAUACAUGUAUAUAUUUAUAAACAAAACAAGGUUUAUUUUUUGAUCGUCUGCGCAGCUAUGCUUGUAUUAAAUCCUUUUGUACCCUCAAAAAAAAACAAAACAAAAAAGACAGAACGAGAGAGAUAGCGCGAGAACGCAAAAGCGAGCACGCAACGCAAAAAUGAGAGCAUCGAUGUGCGCUUGCGCAAAUGCGAGACCGAUAUGUAGAUAUCGAUAACUGCAAUGUCGAUAAUUAGUAUUUUUGUAAACAAUUUGAAAUUGUAACUGGCAGCACUGCAUAACCACGAGUAUAAUACUACCAUUAUAUUACUUAAAGCAAAAACAAAAACAAAAUCAAAAAAACAUAAAAAAAAUCAAUGAAAAUGUGUAUAUAGUUAGUAUUUUUUUUUUUGUUUAACUUUAUAAUUAUUAUGAUUAUACUUUUUCCAGCUUUUGUAUGCAAUACAAGAAAUUAUUUAUAAGCAAAAAAAAAGGAAAAAAAGAACAACAAAAACAAACAAAUAGAACUGACGUGCCUAUGUA